AUGUGCUUAAAGCUCCGCAGGCAGAAGCCCAAGAAGAAGUCCAACUUCAUCCGUCGCAUGACCACUUUCAAACGCGGCUCGCCCGAUACGCCCAGCCAAGGAAGGAAUGCCAUUCUCAACCUCAUCAUUACAGCCGGACUCGCCGUCAACCUGAAAUACUUCACCGACGUCAAUUUGACCCUGGACGGGCCGUCGAAGACCUCCCACGAGUGCCUCAAGAGACAUGUCAAACAUGUCUACGACAUGGCCAGGGGCCGUGACAGGUUACUGUCUCACGAUAAACUCGUCAUCUUUCUGAAAGCCACGCAGGGCGUUGAGCAUGUUGGACCUCUCAAGCUCGAGCAUUACAAGUUCCAGGAGUUCUUUUGGCUCUGGUGCAACCACGAGUCUGCCUGGCGCGCUGAAGGAAGGAAGCAAGUGGAGGAGCUUGAUGUGACGCGCCCGAUCAGCAAUUACUUCAUCAGCAGCAGCCACAACACGUACCUCGAAGGCAAUCAGUGGUCCUCUGACAGCUCUGCCGACGCUUAUCGCGCUGUGCUGAGGAAUGGAUGCCGCUGCAUCGAGAUCGACGUCUGGAACGGACCCGCCCCCCGCUCGCCGUCCAAGUCGCCAAGUGUAGGACAGCGCCGACACUUCUCGUCCGGAUCCCUCCCUCGCGUUGCCGGAGAGACGCUCGAUGCGAUCAUGAGCGUCCGAGCGAGCAGGCAACAUAGCCGUAGCCCCAGCGCCGCCCAGACCGCUUCUCUUGCGCCAGACCCGAGAGAGAGCGGCACGACGCUGGACCCGAAGGACCUGAGCGAGCGCCUCCAGAAAUCGAGGGACUCGUCCAGGUCAAACCACCAGGUGGAGCCCGUCGUGCAUCACCACGGAACCUGGACGUCCACGGUGGGAUUCCGGGAGGUAUGCCGCGCUAUUCGGGAAAGCGCGUUUGAGAACAACCCUCUGCCCAUCAUCAUCAGCCUCGAGGUCGGCGCCGAGCGGGAGCAGCAGGAGGUCAUGGUGGACAUCAUGAAGGAGGAAUGGGGCGAGCUCCUGCUCGACAAGCCGCUGGAGUCCUGCGAUCCAGAUCAGAGACAGCCUCGGCUAGAGGAGCUGUACAACAAGAUCCUGAUCAAAGUGAAGCGCCUGAGCGACUGUCGGCUUGUGAACGAAAUCGAGAGGGGAAGGAGCAUCGGGAUCCCCACGAUCCGCUCCAAACCGCCCAUCUGCAAAGCGCUCGCCUCACUGGCGAUCUACACCCACAGCGAGCAUUACGAGGACGAGACAUCACUGGCAUUGCGCACCCCCAGCCACGUCUUCAGCCUGAGCGAGGACAGCUUCCGGUCCCUAGCCGAAGACUCGACCAAGGUGCACAAACUGCUCGCGCACAACCGCGAAUACUUCAUGCGCAUCUACCCCCAGGGCUGGCGCGUCGACAGCAGCAACCCGGACCCGACCUUCCCCUGGCGGCGCGGCGCCCAGAUGGUGGCCAUGAACUGGCAGAAGCCCGACGACGGCAUGAUGCUCAACGACGCCAUGUUCGCCGGCACCAACGGCUGGGUGCUCAAGCCGCCGGACCUGCGCAGCGACAGCAGCGCCAGCGACCUGUCCAACGUGCUCAACGUCCGCAAGCGCACCCUCGACCUGCGCAUCACCGUGCUGGCCGGCCAGUGCCUGCCGCUGCCCGAGGACCGCCGCAGGCGCCGCGGCGGCGGCGGCUUCGGCUUCGGCUUCGCCGGCGACGCCAAGCUCCGGCCCCGCGUCAAGGUCGAGCUGCACGUCGACAAGCCCCACAAGCCGUCCGAGUAUGCGCGGGAGACGGCGCCCGCGUUCACGGAUAACCCCGACUGGGGGCUGUAUCCGCCCAGCUUGGACUUCUUGGACGUCAAGGACGUGGUGGAGGAGCUGAGCUUUGUGAAGUUCAAAGUCGAAGACACCUCGAGCAACCUGCGCGGUGGCCUCGUCGCCUGGGCCUGUAUCCGACUGGAUCGGCUGCAGCUCGGAUACCGGUGUGUCGAUUUGAUGCAUCCAGCCACGCGCCAGCCUUGCAAUGCUCAGUUGUUCGUCAAGGUGGAGAAAAUCCUGAGGGAGUGA